UCUUAUCUCCGUCAUCGAUUUCGUGUUGUAUAUUCAGAAAAAAAAAAAAAAACCCUAAUCUUAGAUUCAGAAAGGAAACCCUAAUUUCUCAUCCUUUUGAUUGAAUUUGUAUCUUGUUUGUUGUGUAUAAUAAUGGUUAAUUCAAAGGAAGAUAAAUUUGUUGGUGGUGGUGGUGUUGGUGAUAAUGAAAUCGAUGGUUCUGAUCUUGUAAAUCAAGUAAAUGAUGUUGAGGAGGAUGAAUUGGAAGUUGAAGUUGCUUCGAUGGAUUCGUCUACGAGUGUAUCAUCAUCGUCGUCGUCAUCUUCAUCAAGACUUGUGGUGAACAGGAGGAGUGGUACAAAUGAAGGUAGUUUUACAGAGAGGUUAAGAGAUAUACUUAGUGGUGAAGGAGGAGAUGAAGAUCUAGCGAAUGAUAGAGGGAAUAAUUUUGUUCAGUGGCUUCAAGCUUUGGAUAUACAGUUACUUGGUGCUUGUCGGGCGGAUGAGAGGAUGAAGCCUUUGUUUAAGUUGAAUGUGUCAAGUGGUGUAGCUGAAGAUCGAUUGCUUGCUCAGUUGAGUCAGCAUUUUGAUGCAGCGGAGGUUGGGAUACUAGCCAGAUGCUUGUUUAUGCCACUUGUGUCGAUUCGUGUUGGAAAGGUCAUCAAGCAAGGGUCUCUUCUUUGUCCGACUGCUGAAAGGAUUAUCUUUUCGUGUACAUCUUGGUUCUCCUUUUUUUUUUUCUUACACAGAACUGGAUCCACUAUUGGAAUGACUUGGGGAAAUCUGAACCUGACUCUGUUACCAAACUCAGAUUUGCGCAUCUCGUUCGUUGGAGAUGAUGGUUCCACUGAAAGAUUGGCUACGCUCAGUGGAGUUUCAAAAAGUUCUAUGGUAGAAAUCAAAGAAAUCCAGGCUGAUAGUUCUGGUCGUUCUUUUCUUGUGCAAGUCCUGGGUGGUCAAGACUCAUAUUUCUGGUGUUCUGAGAAGUCAAAGGCGUUCGGUCAUCAGUUACUGGCGAAGUUGAAGGAUUUACUUGGGAAGAAACCAUCUUUGUCAAAGCUAACUGGAAUCUCCGAGUCACGACUUGACUGCUUUGCAGUGCAUCUUCACGAAUAUCUUCUUGGAUCAUUGACUGGUGCAAAAACAAGCACGUCCGAUGAAACGAUCUCUCUAUUAGGUUCUGCAUUUGACGAGUCAUCCGAAUUUCAUUCCAGCACCCUAGUCUCAUCCUUGUCUUCAAAGCCUUUCCGUUCUCAACAGAACAACAGUAAUGUGGCAGCUGCAAAUUCGCUUAAUCAGGGUACCUCAAAUCGCUUAGUUCCCCUCUUGGAAAAUCAGCUUAUGGAAAACCUUAGGCUGCAUGGAGACAGUUCUUGCAACUUGUCAGGGAUUGAUGACUUGCCUCUUUUAUCUACAUCCACGAUCAACGAGCUUCCAACAAGGCAAACUGAUAAUAUUCCAACAGAGUCCGGCACAUUGGCUCCUCUCUCAUCUGUUAGCUUGGAAUCUCUUGGAGCGUUUACUCCUUUAAAUGCAUCAUCCCAGAAUCUUCCCUCAUUUCAAGUUCCCACUCCAGGUUCUACUCUUUUCUCUUCCUACAACAACUGUUGGUAUCCCCUUUCAGCACCAACCCUGCAAUAUACAGUUACAGCACCACAUUUACCAAUGACGUUGCCUGAAUCUCUUUCUCUGCCACCAUUAAUAUCAGCUGUUAGAUCGUCCUCAAGUCCACCGAUCCAACCUAUGCCGUCGCUAAAUUUGGCUAAUUUUCCAUCAUUAGAUUUCACUGAUUUUAAGACAGAUCCAAUGGUACAUGUACAUUUGUCAGGCUCAUCUUUCAUUGCAGGGCCUAGCUCACAGCAAAUUCCAGCUUUUACGCCUUUGUUCUGUGACUCAAUUGUGCACAUUCCUGUUCUUGAUGUUUGCUCCUCCAGCGGUCAAGGCUACUUGGUAAGUGCAGGCCCAGCUAUUUCAACCACGAUCAUCCCUCCUUUACACCAAAACAUUGUUAAUCCUUUGAUGCCACAAACUGAAUCUUCGGCGGAGAAGGGAGCCAGGGAAACCCUGCAGUUAUUGCUAGCUUCAACGCAGAUGGUGAACAGCCCACAGUUGAUGAUGCAGCAGGUUCUUACCCUAACUGAAGAAAAGCCAUGUAGUAACAGUAUCUCUUUUGCAGCAAGUCAUGGUCUGUACAGUGGAAAUAGAGAUGUCAAUGCUAUUAUUGCUAACAGCAUUGCGACUAUUCCUAUGAUGUCCUUGCCAAAUGGGGUCUCUGGUGCAGGUCUGUUUACAAAGAAUAGUCAUGACGAUGGCAGCAAUGAAUCAGAAGUUCAGUCUGGAUUUGGAGGAAGAUCGUAUUUCUUGGAUGAUGGUGAUGAUGCAAGGGGUUGUUCUUGAUUGAAUCAUGUCAUAUCCCGAUUGAUGAUGGUAAACGCAUUCAGAUAUAGGUAUUAGUUGAACUUCAUGUAGUAGUACAGAAUAUAUUGUUACUAGUAGUAGUCAUUUUGGGUGUAGCCUCUUUUUUGGCCCUUUUAAAUGGGUAAUAGUGUUCAAAGAAAAAGGAAAAGUAAAAGAAAGUGUAAAUGUGAUGUAAAAACUGUCUUUAAGAAAACAUUUUCAACUAGUAUUGUUGAAAAGGUUGUUGUUACUUAGUGCUAUUAGCUAUAUUGUCUUGUUUUAA